CUUUAGAUUUAGCAACCACUGCCAUUCUCCAACUUUACUGCAAACUCAUCACCCAUAAUUUCUUGAAUUUAGAUUCAACUAUACCAUCACCUCCAUAAUGUCACUAUCAGACGAGGCAGAGGCCCUUGCUGCCAAGAUUGGCUCGUCUCAUACUGGAACCCCCAGCUCGGCGGUACUUUCCAGCGCAGGAGAAAAGGUUAAUGACCUGGAAGCGAAAUUGGGUGCUGAGGAGCCAGAUACAGAGCAGCAUCCAGAAUCCCCAAAGUUGCCCGAGUCUGAAGCCACUGACAAAGAGCCUGAAGCGAAGGAAGGGGAAAGCACUGCUGAAGAUGCGACUACUCCUGAGAAAGACGACAAAACAGAUGACAAAGAUGCUACUAAUGCUGAUGAAGACGGAGAGAAGAACCCUGAUGAUAAAAAGGAAGACACCGAUGCCAAGGAUGAUAAGGAAAAGCCUGCCGAGGAUAGUGAUGCAGACAAGAAGGACGAUGAUCCGAAGGACAAAGGUAACGAGGACGAAUCAAAAGGCGAGGAUACCAAGGAGAAAGAUCCAAAAAGCGGUGAUAGUGAUCCGAACGACAAAGCCGAUACCACAGACUCUAAUAAGUCUGAUGACAAGGCGCAGAAUAAGGAUGACAAUGACAAGAAUGUUGACAUCCCUACUCCACCAUCUCCUAAGAGUCUCGGCGUCGACGACUUCCUUGCUUCACCGCCUGAAAAGGCUAGUACUUUCCAGGAAACAGACAGACCAUGGGAAGCAGAUGGAUAUGCUGCUACGGCUGGCCUAGAUUCAUUUGCCCAGACACAUGGAGCCUCUCAACUAGGAGAAGCCGAAUGGCUAGAGGUGCUUGAGAAUUGCAAUGCCAUGUAUGGUUGGUGCAUCGAUGGACCGAUGAAGCAAAUCGUUCGGGCUCCCAAGGCUGCCUUUCAACUGAAAGUAGUUCAGCCACCAGAGAAACCCUUGAACGGUCCGGCGACAGUUUCAUCUGGCAAUAAUAACAACAACAGUAACGCAUCUGGUGGAGGUAAAGGGGGAUCCAGUACAACAUCGUCGUCUCCGGGCACACUCACCCCGACAUCUUCCGCACCUGCAUCACCAAGCUCUUCCUCUCCAACAAAGCCACGUGCAGCCAACCCAACCGCAGCUGUCUCUGCUAAUAAUCCAGGAUCUCAAGUCAAGGUCACAGCUGGCGCCAAAGCUGCGAAGUCGUCAACGACUCUAGUUGCCUCACAAGAUAAAGGUGCUACUAAGCCUGUUGAAACUUUAAAACCUUCAAAGUCAGGCACAGCUAAAGCUCCGCCUCAAUCCUCGAAGCCCAAAAGAGUACUUCCUGACUUCAGCAUCAACGAUAACUCUCGCAUUGAUAUUGUUAUCAGCUCUCAUGAGUUUCAGACUAGCAUGGCAACCAAUGACUUCAGUGCCUCUUCUACCUCUGCAUCUCUCGGGGGGAGUUACGGGCCUGUUGCUGCUAGCGUGAGCUACUCGACGGACAGCAUGCACAGUUCAUCAACUUCAAACACGUCCAAUACUUAUCACAAGACCAUGAUUGCAAAGUAUUCGUUCCCUCGAGUUGACUUGAACUUGGACUCAUGCCUCGAACCAACAGAUGGCCUCAAACAGGCUAUAGCCAAGGUUGAAGCCACAAAGAACAUCAAGGAUUUGCGUCAGCUACGUCGUGAUUAUGGAUAUUUGUUCUGCAAGUCCAUUACCAUCGGUGGCCGACUUCUGACACAGGCACUGAUGGAUCAGUCGUUGACCACUUCGGAGCAGGAACAGAAGCAAUCUUUGAAGACCUCUGUUGGGCUUUCAGUUUCCUCUCCCAAGGCAUCAGGAUCAGUCAGCCAUACACAAGAAUCUGGUUCUGAUAAUUCCAAGUCGCAGGCUCAGUCAGAUAAGUCCGAGUCGCAUACCUUUGAAGCGAUGGGCGGUGACAGCCUAUUGGCCACUAAUCCCAUUGCCUGGAUACCGACAGUUGGAAGCUACAAGAACUGGCGUAUUAUUAACCGCGAUGGUCUGAUCCUGAUGGCCGAUAUGAUCUCUGGAAUGAGCGGUUUCGAACACACCAGAUCGUGGUUCGAGCAAGCCGUCCCUUCUCUCAGCAAAUACAUCGAGUUCUCAGACAAGCUUUUCAAGAAGAUACGACUUAGACUCAUGUCACCCAAUCACGACCUAUGUCUCUCGUAUAAGAAGGGCUCUGACGACACAGAGUUUGCCACUCCACCAAACUACUAUUUUGGUCACAGGCCUUUGUCAACCGUGAUGCCACUAGCUAUGGAGCUUGAGCAUCCUGAUGAAACCUGGGGUCGCAUUAAAAUGCCUAAGGGCAAACCAGAGUUUCUAUUCCAUCCUGGAAGUUAUCGUGCUCCAGCCAUCUAUGGAUACGCUUCAAACAAGGUUGGUGAGAAUCUGUACGGCACGAAGUACGACGACGAAUACAAAAGCACGGUUUGGAGUAUCACAUCGCCAUAUGACGAUGCUCUAUGCCAUGAGUCACGAGUGAUCAUUCAAACCGUAUCGCCUGGAAAUAACUCCCCUGCAAAGAUUACCGGGGAUUCAGGAAAUAACACGCUGUCAAUAUCUCCUUCUGCUCCAAUGAUCUCUUCACUUGUAGUCUUCCGUAAUCAACAAUGUGUCUUUUUACCCGCCAUGUCAGACAGCAAGGAUGUCCAUGUCUGGCGUGUCUUGAAGACUGGGGCUGCCCCGGGCGACAAGGUCAACAUCGCAGAAGGGGAUCAGAUUCAACUCGCGUGGUGCUACCAGGAUCAAUACUGUGGCUAUCGAGACUUUACUGAGGACGCGUUUGGACGGCGCCGAAACGGUCCUCCAUCAGAGUCGAAGAGCUCAACACUGUACAUGAGAUUGCCUUGGCCACGCUUCGAGCCUGUGGAGAGUCUUGCUGAUCAGAGCGAGCCUCUACCAAAUGCUCUUAUGAUGAGCGAAGUGUCAGCGCCACAGGGUAACCCAAACAAUGUCCUGCAUGAGCAGAUUACGGUCAUCAAAGACCACAAGCACGCUGCAAAGGGCAUUCUCGUUGAAGAUUGCGUAUUUAGGCUCGAUAUAGUCAAGCACCAUGGCCGUGGUGAUGUUGAUGACUACCUGUUGCGAGGAGUGAGCCAACAAGCUACCUUUCCUGAUGUCAUCAAAAGAGAAGCGCUCGAGAAACAAGUGGAACAAGAAGAAAAAGAGCGGAGAGAACGAGAAGAGGCAGAGCAAAGAGCGAAGCAAGAAGAAGAACGAGAGAGCAAGAGCGCUGGCGAAGUCGUGAUGAACGCUGUGUUCCCGAUUACUAUGCUAUUCUAAAUGUAUUCUUUCUAUAUUUAUAUACUUACCUCUAUUUUAGCAAUACUUAUUUCUAUACUAA